AUGCUUAAAAGUUUAAUAAUCUUAAUAAUCGUUUCGAGUUCGCAAGAAAAGUUAUCUCAAGAAAGUGACAAUGUGUUAAAUUUUAUCAGCCAAGCUGGGUAUCAAGGAGCUGCUUAUCAUACAGCAACUGAGGACAGUGGAUGGAUUGUAAAAAUUCAUAGAAUUUUUCCCAAAAGAGAAACAACAGAAACAAUGCCUGUCUUUCUUAUGCAUGGAAUAUUGAGUAAUUCUGUGGAUUACGUCAUCACAGGAAAGAAUAAAGCUUUGGCAUAUCUUCUGGCUGACAACAAUUUUGAUGUUUUUAUGGGAAAUUCUCGCGGCAGUCGUCAUUCGUUCAUCGAUCGUAAAACAGCAAAUUAUUCAAAUUUAUGGAACUUUUCAUUCAAUGAAAUUGGAACCUACGAUGUUGCAGCUAUGAUUGAUUAUGUGCUGCGUCUUACAGGCAAAUCUAAAUUAUUCUACGUCGGUCACUCACAGGGAACAUCAAGUCUACUAGCUUUGCUAUCAAAUCGACCAGAAUAUAAUUCAAAAAUUAUUCAAGCUCAUUUUUUCUCACCUGUAGCAUUUAUGAAAUAUCUUCCCAAUCCAUUUGCAAGAAAAUUAGUAGUUCCAUUCAUCGACAUUUGCAUCAAAAACAAUGUGAAGUAUUUGAAUUUCAAGGAAAUUGUCACUGCAAUAAGUCCAGUAACCAAAGUUAUCUGUGAUGUUUCGAUGAAUCCUUUUUGGAGUGAACUCUGCAAACUUCCAUUUUUUAUGUUUACGGGAUCCAAUAAAGAUAAUCUGGAGAUUGAUUCGGAUCUUCUGUUGUAUUUAACUGAUCACACAUCUCCAUUUUUGAGCGUUCAGCAAAUGGAUCAUUUCUUGCAGUUAUAUCGAAGUGGAAAAUUCAGAAAAUAUGAUUAUGGAAAGGAUAAUGUUUGGAUUUAUGGAACUUUAGAACCUCCUGAUUAUAUUCUAUCGAAUGUUAAAAUCCCAACUUAUAUUUAUCGAGCAACUGAGGAUUAUUUAUCAUCUCAAAAGGACAUUGACCAUUUAAUCAACUGGUUGCCGAAUGUCAAGUAUAACAGAAUAAUUCCUAACUACAAUCACGCUGAUUUCAAUUACGGAAGCAGAUCCCGUCAAGUUUUAUAUUACGAUGUGUUGCAUUUCCUUCAAUCUAACUAGUAAAUAGCUAGUCUUUCUAUUAUACUACUUGCAAUUUACUAGUGAAUAUUAAAACAACUUACUGUUAGCAAAUUACACUAGCUUUUUACUAGCAAAUUACAAUGUAAAAUGUUUGAUCAAAUCUGCUUAAGUUCAAAUCCUACGAAAAAUCAUCAAAAAAAUAAUUUUUUGCGUCAUAAAAAAUUUUGUUCUAGAUUUGGCAUUUGCCAUUACUUUACAAGAGCGCACAGAAAUCACCUUUAUAAGCUCGAUCCAAAUUUGUAUGUGACUCUCAAUUAAAUAUUAAUCUUCCUCAGGUUUGCGUGCGAGUCAUGGGCGUUCAUCAGUGUUCGACUUAAUUAAAUUAAGUCUUUUAUAUUUUUUCAUAGUGUUAGUGUACUUUAAUUAACUAAGUACACACUGAUACUUUUACAAUAAUUUACACAAAUAAGAAAAAUCAAAAAAAACACGUGGUAACCAACGGUUAUAUAUUUUUUACAAAUUUGGUAGUAAAUUACUAGUUAAAUUGUAAGCGAAUUGACUAGUCAAUUAGCAAGUGAAAAUGCGGGUCUUUGGCGAAGAUUUGAACUUGGAUUUUGACUAGUAAAUAGCAAGUAGCAAAUGGAAAGUUAUCCAGUAAAUUACUAGGAAAUCACCAGUGAAUUUCUGCUAGGGAAUGACUUACCUUAGAUGACAAAAAUUGGACAAGAAUUAAUGUCAAUUAAGUACCUAUAAAAUUAUUGUGAAUAGAAACUGAAAAUUCUAAUAAAAUUUCAAAUCUUUCUUUUAAAAACC